AGAACAAAUCAAUCGAUAGCAUAUAUUCUAAAUUCAUCGUUGUUGAAGCGUAUUCAAGAAUCGAAAUAAAAAUUGUAUUUAUUUGUUUUUUGCAUAUAAUGCAAAUUGAAUGACACUUGGCUUUAUGUGUAUUCGUGCAAAAUGGUACGAGUUUUGUUUCUGCAUCCCGAUCUGGGCAUAGGAGGCGCCGAGCGUUUGGUCGUGGAUGCCGCCUUGGCGCUGAAAGAGCGAGGCCAUGACGUCAGCUUUCUGACCAACCAUCAUGACAGCUCGCACUGCUUCAAGGAGACUGCCGAUGGCAGCUUUCCCGUCCAGGUUGUGGGUGAUUGGAUUCCACGUCAGCUCUUUGGACGCUUCUAUGCAUUCUGUGCCUAUGUGCGGAUGUUGUAUGCGGCAUUCUAUGCCAGCUUCUUUAUGCCACAGCGCCAAGAGGUGCAGGUUGUCGUCUGUGAUCUUAUUUCAGUGUGUGUUCCCGUUCUGCGUUUAGCUCGUCAUCGUCCCCAAGUGCUCUUCUACUGCCACUUUCCGGAUCAGUUGCUCAGUGCCCGGGAGGGCAUGCUGAAGCGUCUGUAUCGUGCGCCAAUCAAUUGGCUGGAAGAGCACACCAUUGGCCUGGCCGAUAAGGUGCUGGUUAACUCCAAGUUCACACUGCGCGUCUUCCAGGACACAUUCCGACACCUGAGCACCGUGCCCGACGUCCUGUAUCCCUCGUUGCCCACUCAAUACUUUGACAAGAUGGAGCAUAAGCUGGAGCAGCGUGCUGCUUUGCUGGAUGAGCCUGUUCAUGCGCGUGUGCCUCGAAACUCCUUCAUUUAUCUGGACAUCAAUCGCUACGAGCGGAAGAAGAACCACGCCCUGGCACUGCACUCACUGCGUCUUCUGGGCAACAUGCUGCCCUCUCUGGACUUCAAGCGUUGCCGUCUGAUCAUUGCCGGAGGCUACGAUACUCGUUGUGUGGAGAAUGUCGAGCACUAUGCUGAACUCGAAGCAUUAACAGCUGAGCUGAAGCUGGAGGAUCAUGUGGUGCUAUUGCAAUCUCCCACAGAUGAGGAAAAAUGCCGGCUACUCUAUACGGCACACUGUCUGCUCUAUACGCCGGAGAAUGAGCAUUUUGGCAUUGUGCCGCUGGAGGGCAUGUAUUUCCGCAAGCCGGUGGUGGCUCUCAACAGUGGUGGACCCACCGAAACGGUGGUGCACACCUCCACGGGCUUCCUGUGUGAGAAGACUGACAAGAGCUUUGGCGGUGCCAUGUAUCAGCUGUUCCGGGACGAGGCACUGCGCAUGAAGAUGGGAGAUCAGGGCCACAAGCGGGUGGAACAGAAGUUCUCCUUCGAGGCAUUCGCCGACCGACUCAACCAGAUUGUCCAGGAGCUAAUCCCAAGCAAAACAGCCAAAAAAAAUAAAUAAAUUCGAAACAAUACCAAAUGAAGUAUUGUAAUUAAUGGAUUAGA